UCCUUUAAUAUUUAACGAAUUGUGUUACGCUCGCAAGUUAAUCAUUGUAUGACUAAGACUGUUAGAUAUGAGAUAUGUCAGACUUUAAUAUCAGAUGAUCUAAAGAUAACGCAUAUCAAAAGGUAUUGUGAUUUACUUAACUAAAACUCGAUCUGGAACAUCUGCAUUUUUUCGUCUAAAGUAAGCACGGGUGAUGAUAAUUGUCUUAAAAGUUUUAUAUUGAUACAAUUUACGUUCAAUAAAUAUACAUCAUUCUCGAAAGAGAAAUCGCAAUUUGUUAAUAUAUCGUUUCUUUUCACAAGAAAGUUUAAUAUUAAAUUUUGGAAGAAAAUGGGUUUGAAAUGGUUUCGGGCAAGUCUAUCGAUGGAGAAAGAAGCGUCUAAAGUUCCAGCCAUGACGGGCUUAUAUCGGAGAAUUUCAUAUUUCGAGCCGGCAAUUAAAAAAAAUGUGGAAGUCUCAUUAUCAACGCCUCCUUUAAUAGCAAGUGAUUCAACGUUAAGUGGCGAUAACGAAACAGUGAAAAAUGACCGCUCAAGAGCAGAUCUUACAAAUCAAACAUCAUCGUCAAUUAUUGAUUCGGAGGAAAUCACGGUAAAAGACAUUGACAACAAACCACAGAUAAACAAUCAUUCAGUUGAAAAUGCGGAGUCUUCUACUUCUACCAAAGAUCCAAAUGUAAAAGAGGAAUCGGCACGUAGCGAGGAAUUAAAUAAGAUAACUAAAGAUCAAAAUAUGUCAGAUACAAAAAGUCCUAUCUAUUCAGAUAAUGAGCUAGUGAUCUAAUAAGGGGAAAAUGUUAAAUAAUGCAUGCAUAUACAGAUGUUUAGCAUGAAAAAUGGAUACAUUUGUCUCGA